GCUUGAAUGGAUGAAUCAUACAUGUUUAGAUGGUUACAACUAGUAUUUAUAUGAACUAGUUUACCAUACUAGUCCGUUAACAGACUGCCAACUCAGCUAACCAUCCAACAGAAACUAACAGAACUAAGCUAACACUUUAUUCUGUAUCAUAUAGACCAGUCCGGCGGCCCCUCCAACGGCCAACCCCUUCCGACCUUUCUUACCUUAACACCCUAUCUCGUACGGCCGAAGCAGAGACAUAUUCCGCCGUGUCCUCCACGAGAUUCCUUCCUAGCGGUCAGAAGCUGUGCAGAGAAUGCCUAGUAUGCUGCGGGAGAGGGUCAAGCGAGCCAUACUACCUCUUGCCCAGGAGAAUAUUGACAAAUUAGACACUGUUAUCAAAGAGGGAAACUACUAUGGAGCUCAGCAGAUGCUUAAGUCUCUCAGUGCAAGAUAUGUGUCUGCUGAGAGGUUUUCUGAUGCCUUAGAUCUUCUUCAGUUUGGUGCUUGUGCGCAAUUGGAAAAUGAUCAGGUUACUUGUGGGGGAGAGCUUGCUGUUUUGUUCGUGGACACCCUUGUAAAAGGAAAAUUAUCUUACGAUGGUGACACUCUUGACCGAGUCAGGAAAAUCUACAAGAAGUUUCCUAAGGUUACGGUGCCACAACAUUUGGACCUAGCUGAUGAUGAUGAAAUGCAAAAAGUUGCAGAAGCCCUCACUGCAGCAAAAACACGAGUAGAAGCUUGCUCAUCUUUUUUAAAAGCUGUCAUCAAGUGGUCCUCAGAAUUUGGAGCGCAUAAGUAUGGAGCUCCUGAGUUGCAUGACAUGCUGGCUGAGUAUAUAUUCUCAGAGUCCCCUGAGGUGGACAUGGGUAAAGUAUCCUUCCAUUUUGUCAGAGGGAAGAAUCCAAAGAAGUUCGUCUCAACUCUUAUCAGUUUUAUGAGCAAGUGUUACCCUGGAGAAGAUGAUUUGGCUAUUGCUAGGGCAGUCUUAAUGUACUUGAGCCUGGGUAAUCUGCGAGACGCCAACUAUACUAUUGAUGAGUUAAAGAAGCAAGUUAACCUUAAGGAGCUUGGCUUUCCUGAAUCAGAACUAAUGCAGUUCAUCACUUAUCUUCUCUUGACCUUGCAGAGAGAUGCAUUGCCUCUGUUUCAUAGGUUAAGGCAGUGCUUCAAACCUAGUAUAAAUAGAGAUCCAACAUUUAAUGAGUUGUUAGAUGAAAUAGCAGAAGUUUUUUAUGGAGUACAACGCCAAAGCCCACUGCAGGGAAUGUUUGGAGAUUUCUUCAAGAUGAUGGGAGGUCAAUAGCUCCUUUGCCAGCGAGCUGACAACACUAGUUAGGUUCUUGAAAUCAUGUGCAGUUCACAACUCUUUAUCUAUACUCAAAUAGUAGGCAUUUCUUUUAUGUUCAAGUUUUGGUUGUAUCUCACUUCAUAAUAUAAUUGUUUGCAAACUUCGGUUUCUGUUAUGUGCUUCUACAGUACACACAUGACACAUGCAGUGUGGUAUCUCUUGUCUGCGGUGGUUCAUGUUCGAUUUUGUUUGAAUGCUGAUCCUAUUUUACUGGAUUUGAGUUGUAAACCUUGUUUUAUUUCGGAGUAAUUUCACACCUGACUUGUGGCCAUUUGUUAUCAUUCUGUUGUAAACCUAGUUUUAUGCCUUAGUAUUCGAGUUGCUUUUUAUUUGACAAAUUGCCCGAAGCUGAUGCUUUUUUAGUCAAAUCGUAGAUUUUAUUCUUGUCAUACCCAUGUUCUUUCUAUUAGUUUUUGUUUUGUCA